AUGACUGACGUUCUCGUCUACGUGACCGACGUUCUCCAAAAUAUUCACGAUGGCAACUUAGAAUAUUGCAAAAAUUUAAGGUACCAAGGUCAACCUAAUGCUGAAGUAGAACAGUUUAAUCAAGUUUUUGGGAAAUUGUUGGAACGUCAAAUAUAUUUGGAGAAAGAAGUAGCUUAUUAUAAAUCUUUACUUAAUGAAAAUGAUUCUAUAGUCAUAAUAAAUGACAGAGUUUCAACUACUUCUGACGAAGAACCUCCUCAAGUACCUCAAGUACCAACAAAAACUUCAGCAGAAAUCGAAAUCUCUCCCAACAAUUAUGAUGCACUUCGUAACCAUAUUAUGUCAUUUCCGCAUAAAACAGCUGACACUUUUGAUUCUGAGAGUGAUCCUGAAACUCCUCCUGCCUUGGAGCAUGACAGACUCUGUCUAGAUUGCCUAAAUCAAUGUACAAAUGUCGCUCUAGCUGUUUCUACUGGUGAUUUCAAACAACGUAUCACUUGUCCUUAUGCUUCCGGUCCAAUGCUUACAUUAAAAAACGCAAUGAAUAUUAUGGCUGAUAAAAUUGAUCACGUCUCUGUCGAACUCAUCCGUAAUGCUCGCGAAGUUGGAGAAGAGGGUAAACUAGGUGUUCAAGCGGAAACUCAAAACAUUGAGGGUGAUUGGAAGGAAAUGAUGGUACACUUGAAUAUGAUGGCUAGUAAUCAUUCUGAACAAGUACGAGAUAUUGCUGAAGUAUGUACCGCAGUAGCUCAUGGUGAUCUAAGUAAAAAGAUAACUGUUGAAGUUAAAGGAGAAACUCUUGUAUUAAAGAAUACUAUUAACACUAUGGUUGACCAAUUAAAUUCUUUUGCCUCGGAAGUUACUCGAGUCGCUCAUGAAGUAGGCACUGAGGGUAAACUUGGUGUACAAGCUCAAGUUCAAGGCGUUGGUGGAACGUGGAAACUUUUAACCGAUAACGUAAAUACUAUGGCCGCUAAUUUAACUGCCCAAGUGCGUGAUAUCGCUGAUGUAUCGAAGGCUGUCGCACGAGGGGACUUAAGUAAAAAGAUUACAGUCGAUGUAAAAGGAGAAAUCUUAGAUCUUAAAAAUACGAUUAAUACUAUGGUUGAUCAAUUACAAACUUUUGCUACAGAAGUAACUCGUGUAUCAUUAGAAGUAGGUACUGAGGGUAAACUAGGUGGUCAAGCUAAUAUUAAGAAUGUUGGUGGAAUAUGGAAAGAUCUUACAGACAAUGUAAAUCUCAUGGCAUCAAAUCUAACGGAUCAAGUGCGUGAUAUUGCUACUGUUUGUAAAAGUGUGGCUUGUGGUGACCUUAGCAAAACUAUAACUGUUGAU